AUGCCCACAGCUGUUAUCACGGUCCUUUGCAUCUUGGCAGGCGUAUCGAUCUAUAUUCUGGUGGAGGACAACAGUUCGAGGCUGGGAGGUCUCCGGUCGGGCUUCCUUGAUGGGGUUGAAGACUUCAAAGGAGCGCAUAUGAGGCCGCGUUCUGAGAACGCAGCUCUGGGAAGUUCCUUGAGCAAAUUGGAAAGAUGGAGCAAAGUGGCCACUCUGAAUAAAACAGAGGAUGCGAGCGAUUUUGAAGACCUGGAUACGACAACUCCAGGAAACCUCUGCGAAGCAAUCAGCAGGCUUGAGGAACCAGAACUCCACGCAGUUGCCGAGCUCCUGAAAGAGUCAGCUAUGAAACGUGAGAAGUCCCAAAGUGUCUUCGCCCAAAAUCUGUCAACUGGGCCCGAACGUGAUAGCUUGCCACGUAGCGACACGUCAUCUACUUCUCCACCGAUUGGGAACCGGGUCUGGCCAAAAUUAACCCAGGAGGAGAUCAGAUCGGUCAGGGAGGGCAGCAAAGAAUGGGAUCUUAUGAGCUCUGUUUUGAAUCUUUGGAAUGCGGGAUGGAAGCUAGACGAAGCACGCUUCUACCACGAUAGACCGGAGACUUUGACAGAGGUUGGGGGCGGUCAACCGGGGUUUGCCCUCCUCCAACACGUCCUCAAUCCAGAAGAUCCGCGACCGGUUGAGUUUGUGCCCCGGGGGGAUCCCCCUAGGAUUCUGUUGCCGAAAUGCGAACGAAACUUCCCGACGUGGGCGCGGGGCGCCGUCAGUUUCGCGUGGAAGCUGAUGCAUUCGGACGCGGUGACGCUUCCCGACCCCGCGUUCUCCACGCUGGACGUCCGGUUCCGCUGCCGUGACAGACCGGAAGAAGAGCUCAUUCUGAAGACGUUCGCCAAAGCGGCAGCCCACGAGUAUAUCGACCACCCCCACUUUCAGAAGCUGAAGUCGGGGUACCGCCAAUACGUCGCUUCAGGUGCCGUUGUGGAUCCGCCCGGGCCUUUCGCGAGCUACUCCCCGCUUCCCUCCCCCGCUUGGCUGAACCAUUUCCGACGGGCCUCCUUGUUCGAGUGGGUUCAGAAGUCAAAGAAACGCGACGCCAGACGGUCGGAUGUUGCGGGCGGAGCUGAAUCCGGUUGGGAGAAGAACGAGUACGAUAUCUGGCACCUGCGCAACACCUUUGAGACCUGCUUUCCGGUGUCGGCAGAUGCGUCAGCGGUACUAAACAUACUUGCUCGGCAGGGAUGUUUGUGA